UUGCAGAAGUCUGUCACGACGUGCAAAUUAGUCGUUACAAUAGAGUGCUAAUUAAAACCCGGGCGUAGGUUGGCUGAACGAUUGUUCACGCGUGCCACUGCGCGUGUCACCUCACUGCGCUGUGAUUGGCUGGGAGAGCAGUGGGUCUGUAGCGUAAAGAGUAGCGUACUCCAAUGAGAUUCAUUCGGCAUACUCGUGGUUGGAUAGACUGGCGUAUGUUUUUGUUUAUAUUGUACACUUCUCAGCUGACAUAAUAUGGAUAAAGAAAAAAGGGCACACAAGAGCGCUUAAAAGCGGCACGCGCCAGUCGAAUUAGCCAGUUGGUAGACCGUCGGCCCUUGUCACAAGUUGAUCCUCGUGGACGGAGGGACCAUCAUCACCUAUAAAACUAACUGGAAACAAGCUCUCGUGAGCCGGGGACAGUGAUUAUCAGAUAGCUACCCGCUCGCACAGAACUCAACAUGCCACGAUCAUUUCUUGUCAAGUCCAAAAAAAAUUCGUGCUGUUCGUCUUUUUGUGAAGAUGGAGUAGCAGAGUUGACAACUCCGCCGAGCUUGUGGGAGCCGAUUCGGGUGGAGAUUGAACCCGCACAGAUCUUCAAGCCGAUCAAGCUUAACCUCAGCUCGCUCGACCCAGCGACUCUAACUGGAAAAGGACAGUUCAGCCCGAAAUCGCACUUCUUUCACCCUUUUACCUUCAAUCCUUUCCGGUUAAGUCCAGAUCAUCAUGGCUACAACAGCAGCGAUCGCGACUACACUUCGCCCAUGUUCCCGACAUCUAGAUCGAGUACGCCUGAAUCCUUCGACGAAUCGCUAGUGCCAUCGCCAACAAAAAGUGACGACGGCUUUCCGAGAGCAAGCAUCUUCAUCCCGGGAAACGCGUUCCUAGAUUUGGACAGUACUAAAGCGGAGAGCACUCCACAAGUUAGCUCAACAAACACUGGCAGGAAACGACGCAACGGAACGCCGAAAACUUUCACAUGCGAAGUAUGCGGAAAAGUGUUUAACGCACACUAUAACCUGACGCGUCACAUGCCUGUACAUACAGGAGCCCGCCCAUUUAAGUGCAAGAUAUGCGGAAAGGGAUUCCGGCAAGCUAGCACACUAUGCCGGCACAAGAUCAUUCACACCAAAGAGAAGCCACAUAAAUGCAACAUUUGCGGGAAGGCGUUCAACCGUUCCUCGACUCUGAACACUCACAUUCGAAUUCACGCAGGCUAUAAGCCGUUCCAGUGUGACAUUUGUGGGAAAGGUUUUCACCAAAAAGGGAACUAUAAAAACCAUCGUCUCACGCAUACAGGCGAGAAACCUUUCAAGUGUCAUAUCUGCGGAAAGGCGUUCCAUCAAGUGUACAAUCUGACAUUCCACAUGCACACACACAACGAAAAGAAGCCAUUUACGUGCUUGGAAUGCGGCAAAGGAUUCUGUAGAAACUUUGACUUGAAAAAACACGUCCGCAAACUACACGAGAAUAAGACUCAGACAGAAAACGGGAAAAUCUUGUAAAUCAAAUUUGUAAAUUAGAAUUCUUUAUAGAUAUUGCAUGUACAUAGAAGAAACAAAAAAUAUUUAUUCACCUAUGCGGGUAAUUUUAUCAGUUUACUACUCGAGAGAAGAGAUUUGUACAUUUGACUCGAAAAUUUUAUUACCUCAAGUUUAAAUAAUUAAAAUCCCAUAUAUGAAAGAGGUUUACGCAAAUGCAAAUAGUUCGGAUAUAACGGCCAUGGCACGUGUGCUAACAAUAGAUACUCCUAAAUACAGUGUUAGCUCAAACAAUAGGUGACACAUUAAAACUGAAUGCAAAGGUCUCCUCACACAAGCUAACGCAUCUCUCAUAAGCUUGUGAUACAGAAUAGAAGAGUUGUAUAGAUUGACCGGCUUUAAUAAAAACAAAGAAGUUCGCUAA